GUUGAGAUGGACGAGUCCAACAUGUUCAAUUGGACAGCCGUUCUCGAACCCUCCGAGGCACCUUUUGACAAGGGCCGCUUUACCAUCGGCAUCACUUUUCCCUCGGAGUUUCCCUUCAAGCCCCCAAGCGUCAAGUUUAUCACUCCCAUCUACCACCCGAACGUUGAUGAGAAGGGCACGCAAAUUUGCCUGAGCGUGGUGGCAACAGAUAACUGGAAGCCUGCCACUCGCGUCUCCCAGGUGUUGGUGGAGCUCAUGCAAAUCAUCAACACGCCCGAACUGGAGCACCCGCUGCGCAUGGACUUGGCCGAGCUCUAUCGCGAGAACCGCCAGCAGUUU